AUGAGACUCUCUUUGUCCAAGGGUUCAGAUAACACAGGUUUCAUUUACAAGCACAAAAGCACCGCUUCUAGAAACGCUAUUCUUAUGGCCCUUCCCUUAUGGGAGAGCUACUAUUUUUCCCCCUCUCGACUCCUGUGCAUUCUAACUCAUUUCUAA